CCCACAGGGAGCGAGGCCCUCCGUUCGAGUGGAGGGGCAGGAAACGACGAGUGGUGGUUUUGCACGACGCUGGGGCUAGAGAGUCGACCGAAAAGGCGGAGGCGAAGUUGGGCGGAGCGGCUGCCUGAGCUUUCUUCUUUUCGGGCCCCGCCGCAGACACACGAGGGGACGGAGGGAAGGCCACUGAGCAGGGGCCGAGGAGGGGCUCGCCAUGGCGAUCCGCAAGAAGACUAACAAGAACCCUCCCGUGCUCAGCCACGAGUUCGUCGUGCAGAACCACGCGGACAUCGUCUCCUGCAUGGCCAUGGUCUUCUUGCUGGGGCUCAUGUUCGAGGUUACAGCCAAAGCAGCUGUUGUCUUUGUUACACUUCAGUACAAUGUUACCAUUCCUGCCACAGAAAACCAGCCUACAGAAACAGUCACAUUAUAUCACUAUGGUAUCAAAGAUUUGGCUACUAUUUUCUUCUACAUGCUGGUGGCAAUAAUCAUACAUGCUAUUAUUCAAGAAUAUGUGUUAGAUAAAAUUAACAGGCGAAUGCACUUUUCCAAAACAAAGCACAGCAAAUUCAAUGAAUCUGGACAACUCAGUGCAUUUUACCUUUUCUCUUGUGUCUGGGGGACAAGCAUCCUUGUGUCGGAAAAUUAUGUAUCAGAUCCAACAUCACUCUGGAGAGACUACCCACACACAUCAAUGCCGUUUCAAAUGAAGUUCUUUUAUAUCUCACAGUUGGCAUACUGGUUUCAUGCCUUUCCAGAAUUCUAUUUUCAGAAGACAAAAAAAGAAGACAUUCCUCGCCAGCUUGUUUACAUUGGACUAUAUCUGUUCCAUAUCACUGGAGCUUAUCUGUUAAAUUUGACCCAUCUUGGCCUUGUUCUUCUUGUGUUACAUUACUUUGUGGAGUUUCUAUUCCAUAUCUCCAGACUUUUUUACUUCAGUGAUGAAAAAUACCAGAAAGGGUUUACACUGUGGGCUGUUCUUUUUGUUUUGGGAAGACUUCUGACAUUAAUUCUUUCUGUCCUUACUGUUGGUUUUGGCCUUGCUAGAGCAGAGAAUCAGACUUUGGAUUUUAGUACUGGAAACUUUAAUGUGCUACCAAUCAGAAUCAGUGUGCUGGCGUCCAUCUGUUUAACGCAGGCCUUUAUGAUGUGGAAAUUCAUUAAUUUCCAAUUAAGAAGGUGGAGAGAGCAUUCUUCACCUCCCCAACCAGUGAAAAAGAAGUUUCUGACAACAAAAGGCAAGCCCUCGAAAAAAGAAAGAGAAAAUGGAAUCAAUGGAACAUUAACCUCAAAUGGAGCAGACUCACCUCGCAGCAGAAAAGAAAAAUCCACUUAAAACAGAACUUUAUUAAAUUAAUUGACUAAUAUCCCCAAAGAGAACUGCUUUUUACUUGGAAAGUCCUUCAGCACCAUAGUUCCUACUGUUAAAAAAAAUAAAAUUAAUGCUUUUUUGAUUAUUGAUAUCAUAAUGUUUUGUGCAACUUUUAAAAAUGUUUAAAUGAAAAAGGCCACCUUAUUUUUAGUUGCUAUAAAAAUCUUUUUGGGUAUUAAUGAGAAUUCACUUGUAAACUCAGUGAUACAGUCUGCCAUUCCUUCUAGCUUUAUAGUGGUUGAAUUUAGUCCAUUUGAAUAUGAUGUUAGGACAUUUUUAUUUUAAAGGACAAGUUGAAUUGAAGAUAAAAAAGUUAUACUUUUUUAGGCAUUCUCUAAUAUUUAGGUUUAUAUUUGGAAAUACAGUUUGGAACAGAAUUCGUAAACCACCAAAAUAAUCAGUUUUUUGUAGGUGAUAUCUACACUGAUUCAAGAAAUUCCCUUAUUAAAACACAGGUGACUGAUUAAAA